UCCGAUUAGCUGGCCACGCCCAGCCCGGGCUGGAAUCCAGGAGCAUGACAAUCUCUUUAUUGAUGCGUAUCUUUUGCUCACAUUGCUCACACAUGCCAAAUCAUCAGUUAACCUUACUGGAGAGACCGGGGUAUGGGAAUGUGCCAGUUAUUACCAGGAACCGCUUACCACAACUAUGAUGACAGCUACGCUUCCUCGCCGUACGAGAGCCGCCAUAUGGGACCCCCAAUGAGGGGACGUGGCGCAAGAAGCUACGGCCCCAGCUAUGGACCCCCUCCGCCUCCCCCUGGCGAGUACGGAUCCCACGCAGACUCGCCAGUGGUCAUGGCGUACGGACUGGACCCGGUCAAGAUGAACGCAGACCGUGUCUUCAACAUUUUUUGUCUCUAUGGCAACGUGGAGCGGGUGAAGUUUAUGAAGAGUAAGCCGGGUGCUGCCAUGGUGGAGAUGGGUGACUGCUACGCCGUAGACCGUGCCAUUACACACCUCAACAACAACUUCCUGUUUGGGCAGAAGCUCAACGUGUGCGUGUCCAAGCAGCAGGCCAUCGUGCCAGGCCAGUGCUACGAACUAGAGGAUGGCUCCAGCAGCUUCAAAGACUUCCACGGCUCCAGGAACAACCGCUUCACGUCCCCCGAGCAAGCGGCCAAGAACCGCAUCCAGCACCCUAGCAACGUGCUCCACUUCUUCAACUCACAGCCUGACGUCACACCGGAGAUCUUCUCCCAGAUCUGUGAGGACAUCGGCGUCAAGUGUCCUGUCAACGUCAAAAUGUUCACAGGCAAGAGCGGUGCCGCUCCAAGUGAUCGCAGCGCUUCAGGUCUACUGGAGUGGGAGUCCAUCAAUGACGCCAUGGAGGCUCUGGCCCUGAUGAAUCACUACCAGAUGAAAAACGCAACUGGUCCGUACCCGUACACCCUCAAGCUGUGCUUCUCCACCGUUCAACACACCAACUAAAAGAGGCUUCCAAAUUUGGCUUUUGUUUGGAGUCCGCACGUAGAUCACGGUUUGUGAGGAUGUCAAAUGUAUUUGUGUCACAGUGACAAGAUUCCAGUCUUGCAGUUUUUCUUAAACUCAUGCUGAGCAAGUCAAUUCAUUUUAGGUUUGAGGGUGUCCUUUCCACAUGUUCGUUUGAGCUUUUAUUGGGAAUUUUUUUUUUUUUGUUGUAAAAUAUACAAACAUAUAUUUUAAUUCCCACCUUGUGAGUUCUGCAUAGUCCUACAGGCAGAGGGACUGUUUUGUUGUAAGAAAAUACAAUAAACAUAAUUGUGACUUUAA